AUGGAUGUGGAGUCCUUCAGUGGGCAGGGUUCUCAGGUGGUGGAGGAGACUGGCAUGGACUCCCAGGCGCCCGCGCAGGAAACAAAAGCACCGAAACUAGUCGUUUCCAAAAGCGACGACAAGAAAGAGGAGGCGAAGAUUGAUUUGGAUGGACUUUAUCCGAUGUUUUGGAGUCUACAAGCCUAUUUUUCCGCGCCGACGAAAACCUUCGAUUCCCAGCACUUCGCUAAAUUCAAGUCUGGACUUGAGGCUACAUUGUCGACUUUUCGAUCAAUACAUAUGGAUAUGGAGAAUUCAGGAGCUUCAAGGACAUCGGAAGAAACGAGGAAAUCUCUCAAACGGAAACGAACUGCGGACGGUCAAGAGAUUGCGAGCAGUUUCAACCCCAAAUAUCUAACAAGUAGAGACUUGUUCGAUCUCGAAGUUCGUAUCUUCCCAUUGAUCUUGGGUUAUGUUGCUAAUCUUUUGUUCUAG